GGUGAAGAUGGAUCCAAAUUAAAAUGUUGCGCAUUGUCGCCCGGCAUCCUUCGCGUGGCCCCAUUUACGUACAAAUCCUUCAAAGCGGCGCCCGCUCGAAGGCCUAACCAAGCUGUGGUGCAUUUCACACGCUUCGCCGGAGUUCUGCAACACGAAUUGGCACAAAGGAUGUAGGAGCAGCCAGGAGGAGGGCUUGGGCGAAACAGGAAGCCCCGAGCCCACACCGACCGAGGCGAAAGUUUCGGGCUGCUGAGCUGGCAAAAAAGUUUUGCCGCCGCCGCUGAGGCUGCAUUAAAUCUGUGGCCAAAUAUGAUUUCUAGCUUUAAGCGGAGGAACGGUUUUAAGAAACUGUGAACUGAUUCUAUCUCAGCAGCCUAUGUCACGGAUCUCGUCGUUUCACCUAACUGCCGCCUAAAUGCGCCUAAAUGCAAUUUUUGUUACUUGCCGAAACUUUCGCCUGCUUUACCUUUUUGGCAAAAGUUUGUUUCGAGUUUUCCUGAGCCCAGGCAAUAGCAAAGGCGGUGGGAGUGGCUGGGUCUGAACUUUUGUAAUUAUUUGAUUUAUCAAAUAGCAGAGGCUGUUCAUGCCGAGCAAUAAAGGCCGCCGUCUUUUCUUUUGGCUUCGGUAUAAUUUCAUUUAGAAGUUGCAAAGAGGCCAGUUUGCUUUUGUCGGAUGUGGAAUCUCAUUCCUUGACACAGCCGCCUGGCACAUGUAAUCAAAAACUAAAUGGGAUUGCGACGUCGGAAGGUCAAGGCUAGGACUUAGGAAACUUCUGUGCACCCGAAGAACAGCAAACACCGAACCAAAUCAUAAAACACCUGUGUGAGGUAUGCAAACAGAGAACGCAACAGCUGCUCCCUAUCUGCUUCGACGAUAACGCUGCGCACCAACAAAACCGAGAGCGUUCUGCAGUUGAUCACAUACUGCUGGCGGGGAAUGUCUUUGGUCUGGAUCAUUCUGCUCGGUCUCCUGAUCUGCGAAAGAAGCACCUUCGGAGCCCUGCCCUCCGCCGAAUCCACACACUAUCGUCUACGUAGCAGGAACCUUCCGGAGCAGACAUCACGACGGAUUGUGCCCAUUCCCACUUCACAUAAGAUUGCCCUCAGAACGGAAAAGAAUCGGCGUGGUGAAGCAUUUAACAACUCUAUUUCCACUUCUGAUACGGCAGACUACAACAUAUGGCACGCACUGAAAGCCGAUGGAAAGGCCAACUUCUAUAUACUCUUUUUCGCCAUAUAUAUUAGCUACCUAGUGUAUGUGCUGUUCUAAGUCGGGGCUUUAUGCAAUAAAUGUCAUCGUCAUA